AUGGCUACAUCAGACACUAUAUCAGUCACUCCUAUAGCUGAAACAAAACAAUUGAAGUGGGAGUCAGCUUGUUUAGUAAGGGAUGAAGAAGUUUCUCCUAAGAGGGAACAGGAGGAAGAAUCAGAAGAGGCAGCCUCUUCUGCAUCAGAGCAGUCACAAGAACAGGAAGAGGAAGAAACUGAAAUCAUAAACGAGACAGAAGCCACCCGAUCCCUAAGUGAGCUGCGAGAUAUGCAGAAAGAUUUUAGCUGUCAACCAGUUUCCUUGUCAGUGCCAGAAAUGGUACAAAUGACUAUGCAAAGCUACAGGAGGUCCCUGCAAGAGUUUUCAGAAAGUCCGGUUAUGUCAAGAUGCAAGAGCCUUAGCUCUUCCCAUUCGCUCACUGGUGUACCCCAGAGCAUCACUGAAUGGCUGGUAUUGUGGGAAAAGGAUCCAGUGGAGAUUCUGCUUGAUUUGGGGUUUGGUACAGAAGAACCUGAUGUCUGCACUAAGAUCCCUCCUCGGUUCCUCAGUGGUGCUUCUGUAGCAAAAGGGAUCAAUAUCCGAGUCUUUUUGGAAGCUCAGAAGCAGCGACUGGACAUUGAGAGGCCAAAUCUCUAUGAACGUUUUCAACAGCUCGAAGUACUUGACCGUGUAACCAGUGCCCUCUCGUCUUUGCUGACUGACGUCAACACCCAACAGACCAAAGCACAGGACGCCGGCGGUGAUAAGACAGCUCUCCUGGAUGCUACAAAGAGCAGACCUGUGGUCACACGAGUGAAGCGGAGGAGAAUAGGUCACCUCCUGAAAAGGGCUUCUCAGCAAGCAACACUGCUGAAACAGGGCUCGCUGGCACCUGGCGAAGCCAACUUGCCCAGCAGAAAAGAGCAGCCCUGUUCUUGUGCAGAUAUUGCUGAGAGGGGAACAGUCCAGGUGGGCUUUUCUGCACAUGUUACAUUGGGCUGUCCGACCCAGGAGCAAACUCCCAGAGACGAAGGUGCCUUGGUACAUCCCACAUCCCUGGGUCCACUGACCCCAUUUGGGAAAGCCUCAGCUUCGUUGCACUUAGUUGCAAAACAGCCCCACCUUUCUCCUGCAUGGCAGGUGCCUGCCGAAGACAGGCCAAGAAAGGAGCCACCUUUUCUUGUGGCCCACACACUCAAAAAAGUGAUCAACCUAAACUGCCAGCUGCCAGACUCAUUUGAAAUCAAAGAGAUUCAGAGUUUUGAGGACGAAACUCAAUGUCAAAAUGCUCCUGACACCACUUCAGCAGAGGUGAUGGUGACAAGAACAAGCAGCUGCCAGUCAGACAUCAGUGGAUUCAUGGAGGAGAUGCCAGCACCUGUAGUUUUACAGAAUGCAUCUUUGUCAGGAAAGGUUAAUUUUAUUUCUGAUAUCCUCAAUCAAGAAACAGGUCUGUCACAUAGGACAGUUCUUCCUACGUUAAAUCAAGAUUUUCAACAAAGACCAGGUGAUUGUGUGGCUAAGGUCCCCAUCACAGCUUGUGAGAGUGUUUUGACAGUACCUAGAUCAACAAAAUCAUGCAGUGACCAGGGAGAAGAGACUCAUCUGCUGCUGGCUGCAGAAAAUGGCAAGUAUCAAGCCUAUAAUACUGAGCCACAGACCUUUUUACAAGAAAUGGUAAGUGACAUGGACAAGAAAGAGGGUAAAACUGGAAGAAAGCAACUGGAAAAAGAGGAGUGUGUAGAUGAGCAUAGUCCUUGUUUUCAGGGUGAUACCCAGGAUGAAGGAGAUCCUACCUCCUCAAAAUUUGAUCAUAAUUUCUAUCUUAGUACAGGACGCAAGAAGGUGAAUGUAACCUUCAUUAAACUGAGUGAUAGAAACCUUGCAGUCAUCAGUGGGAGCAAAAUCAUGGGCGAAGGUGAAGGUGAGAGGUGCCUGACUGAAAAAGACCUUGGAGUUGCAUGUCAUGAAAAUAUCCAUCGAGGUCAUGCAGGAGGUGUUAAAGGACCAUGGUGGGGAGUGGAAGUGGUCAGUGAAGAUGGUACCCUGCUUGCAGUGAAUGAGGUGACAGAUGGGCAGAAGUGUUGCAAAAUGGAUGGUGAUUCAAAAAAUACAAGAUGCUUCCCCAGAACGGACCUGCCAGAAACUCUGCAGCUGGGCUCAGCAGUGCAAAGCAGGAGCAGUGCUGCUUCAAGAUGUUCUCUGCAAGUAUCUCAGAGGUGUCCCUCCCACCUAGCAGAAGGGCCUGGAUUAAGUUCAUCUGAAGGUCAAGAGACUGGUAGCAUAGGGAAGAUGUUAGGUGCCAACAAAUCAGAACAGGGAGACUCUGUCCAAAACAGUGAAAUGGCUUCUGCUCCUGUGAAAUCUGUUACUGUUCAGAUGUAUUCAGGGCUAGAGUUUACUUCAAGGGUGAAGUGCACAAGGCAAAAUGCUCCCACCAGUGGGAGCCUUGCUAGGGAAGACCUUGUGGAAUUCUCUGACAUGUUAAUGCACCACUCUGAGAGUGGUCCUCUCAUACAGUCAGACCCAGGGUCUUCAAAGGAUGGUGUGAAGCAGACCACUGAAGCCUCCAGCCAAACUGAUACCCACACCAGGAAUACCAGGUGGCCACCAAUGCUUGAUCCACCCCAUAGUCACCUGACAAAAUCAGCCUCCCUUGACACCAUGCUUCAUGGCAAAUACAGGUCACACUACUGGGGUGAAGCCUCUGGUGCUGGGGGUGCUCAGGGCAGUCACUGCUGUCACUGCUGCUGCUGCCACCAUGGCGGAUGCCCUUGGACCUUCCCCGUUGGUGUCUCUCCCCAUUGCCCUGGGGGCUGCUGCUCAAACCAUGCCUCCACCGAGCUGCAACACUUGAAAACACCAACGUUCCUGCAGCACACUGCAAUGAGUAAUCUUGCUCCGCGUACCCUCCAUGAAAUAGAAGUGAUGAAGAGCUCCUGCAAGCACUUCCAGGAGAAGCUGAAUGAGAUUGAACAGCGCCUGACUGAACAGCAGGUGCUUUUUUCUAGCAUGAUGCCAGAGGAAGGAAGGGAGGAAGGCAGAAACCUGCAACUCUUAAGGCAAGCCGUUCGUCAGGAAGUUGCAGAGCUGGAAUUUCAGCUGAAUGAUCAAGCUUGGCAGGUCAGGGAGGCCAUCCUUACGCAGCUGGACCAAUUACUAGUGGAACAAUCCCAUCUGUUUUCUGAGCUCGGACUCUCUGAUUGGAAGGGAGAAAGAAAAGCCCAGAAUAAACAAGCGUUUCCAGAUGCUGCUGACGCUGCUCAUCCUCAAAGUGGGUGCUCAGAAAUGGUGCUCCAAAAAGCUCCUAGCAAAAAUACCACAGCAACAGGCUUACUCUCUGCCCUGUGGUCAGGGGCACCCCCAAAGCAGUUUCCUACCAGGACAACACCUGAGCUGAAUUCAGCUGAGUCUGACCCACAGGAGCUCUCCACCAGUAAAAAGGAAAUAAAAGGACCUCCCCAAGCAAAAAAGGAGUUUAAGGCAUUUUUACACAAUUUGCAGAAAUCUUUCCGAAAUUCUUUAGUUAAUGACUCAGCAGAAGGAAAAGACUGAUGGAGGACAGACUGGUGGAUUUUGGUUUUAAUAAUUGUGGCCUUUUUCCUGAAAUGCAUGGCAUAUCACAGAAACAAAUGAGCACAGCACUGCAUUAUAGAAGGUUCUGAUCACAGCAGUUUUAUUUGCGAUGGGAUGACUGGCCAGAAAAGCAGGCAUUUUUAAAGGAUGUUUCAAGGAGAGGCGCUAUGUAUUUUGCUAUUCUGUGACUGCAAAACUUACUAUGCUCCUACUGGCAAUCAUAGGGGUUAGGGCUGCUCUUUGCAAAGUCAUUUAAAAGGAAGAGGAAAGGGCUUAUUUUUGAGAAGAAAAUUAAGAACUUGCAGGCAGCCCAGGGGAUACCACUAGAAGGUAUUCUCCUUAUAGCUAUUUAUUUUAACACAGUCUUCAACCAAUAUUAAUCCUCCAGCCCAAAUUACCUUGUACAGUCCUAGCCACUUUCUAGCUUUUAACUUGAUAGUAACUUGCCUCUGACUAAUUUUAUGAGGUUUGUAUCUACUGUCAGUAUCAAACCAGAAGCUUACAGACAGCUUAUAAAUUGUUAAAUACCUGCUAUUACUGUGGCUAGUCUCCUGGCUGUCCUCUUCCUUUCCUAUUUGCUUCACAUAAAUCCAAUUAAAAACAAAAUGAGAUUAGAAACACAAGAUUUUCUACAUUAGAAACCUUGAAUCAGCAUCCUGCUUCAGUUUUCUGGGGAGUCUGCAGAGCCUGGAUUCAUCUAGAAAAAGCCAUGAGAAAAGACCUCUCAGGUUUGGAUCACAGCAAAGAAAAUCAAAUGGUUCAUUUUCAAAGCACUGCAGUUUGUACUACUGCUUUCAAUUUAGCACUUCCCAGACUAUGAGAUGUCCUACUGGUGUGUUUGUUUAAUGCUCUGGAGGGAUCUUAGGUGUCAUUUAGGCUUUGGUGUUGCAAAUCACAGCUCUGCAAAGGUGCAAAUAGAAGUAGCAUUUGCACAUGUUUAAGGAGAAAAUGGAGUCAAACAUGCUGAGCAGCCUCGAGGCUCCCUGCACCUCUACGUUGCCACAGAUGUUCAGGGUAAUAAAAUGAUUGGGAGAGAGAAGUAGAUAACAUAGGAACUGACAAGAUCCUCCACAGCUUGCUGGGCCAUGAAUUUUACUGGUUGAAAUUUGCCCCUUUCUUGACACCCCGCAUGGGAUUUGUACACCACUUCCACACCAUCAAGUGUUUAAGAGUUUAUACAUCAAGAUUUGUAAUGGUUACAGUAUCUCCAGGCAGCAUGCAAACAGGACUGACACAACCUUCACCUAAGUCUUGGUGGAAAAAGCAAUAAAUUUGGCUUAGUUUUUUCUCUGUCCACUGGCUUAUGAACUGCACUUGCAGAUGUACCUCAGUUAGUGGAGGAAGGCAAAUAACGAGCAAGGUGGAGGAUGUACAACGAUGCCCGUGCUGAACGCCUUCUGGAAGGGAGGAUGGCUAAGAAGCUUUCUUACCUCAGCUGACCAGGGCUGUGAUUCCUCCCAUGAAGCAGUAUGUUUUUUGCAAAUAUCACUGCAGCUUGAUGAAUAAAAGCUCUGUAGGUAUGUGAUGCUGCAAACACUGUCUGCCCGUCUUAUGUCCAUAUGUACAGAAGAUGGUAUUGGCAGGUGGCAGCUCUUCUUGAUUAGAAAGAUCAUGCAGGACCUCUGGCGCUAUUUGAAUCCUAGCAUUUGUAUUCUCAACCAGGACUCAAUCUGAUUCCUACUAACAAAACUUUCCUGUUUGAAUAGUCUCUAGAUGAUUGGUAUGUGCAAUCACAUUCCUCAUUUCAAUUUAAUGAUAAAAUAAUCUUGUGCAAUCUAUAAGGACAAGCUAGGGUUCACCCAUAUGCAACAGACACCCACAGAUAAGUUACCUGGAUUUGCAUUUAUAGCUAGAUAACCUUUCAAGCCCUCAAUGUUUUUUUAACACUUAAGUUGUAACCUUGUAGCAAUAAAAAGCAUACCAAGCGAUGGGAAAAAGAAAAAUCUUCUGACU